UACCCUUAUCGUUUGCUGUAUUUUUCAGUCGGAUAUAAUUAAACUGUAACAGAUGUAUGUUGCAAGGUGUGUAAUAAUGCUGUCUUUUCAUACUGUUGUUGUGCUGUUGUUGGCAACAUAUGCGUUAGGAAAAGGAUGCAAUAGGCUUGGGAUUUUACUUUACGAGGACUUAGGAUGUACUCCUGAGUAUCGUGCCGGCCAGGAUUGUCCCUAUAAGUACACAUGUCGUGGUUUAGAACCAUCCAGUGACCACUGCUUCUUUCGGGGAAAAAGUUACUCAAACAAAGAAGUAGUCAACGACACGCUCUCAGAUGGGUUAUGCCGAUCAGAUUGUUAUUGUUCAACAGAAGGUGAUAAACCACGAUUCCAUUGUGGCCAUCUCGAGUGUUUAGAAUGGCUUGACGACGGUCCUGACGAAGGUUGCUACUACAAAUAUGCCUUGGGGAAAUGCUGUUCAACUGGUUCAAUUUGCUCCUCUAACGAUUAUACUCACACGUGUGUAGUGGAAGGAAACGAAUACCGAGUCGGUCAAAAGUUUUGGCCGAGUUACACUUGUCUGGAAUGCGUUUGCCAAAAAGGAUUUGUUAGAGGAAAGUUUGAAGCACCCUUCUGUAAAAGUAGGCUUUGUGGGGAACAACUGGAUAAAAACGGUCCAAGUAUUCAAGCAUCUUGCGCCCCACUUUAUAGCAAAUAUGAGCCUAGAGGAAUACUUUGUUGUCCCGAGGACUGGAUAUGCCCUGAUGGAAAUGAAGUCAUCAAAGGGGAAAUUAAAUCAGAGGAAACUUGCAAAUUUGGAAACAUAAUCGUGAAAGUUGGACAGUACUUUGAAAGAACAAAUGCUAAAUUUUGUCAGGUGGACAAAUGGUAGUGGCUCGAUGAAUUAGGGAGUCAAUGACAGACCGUUUUUGGGCAGCCUAGUGAUGAUAAUCAAUGUUUCAAAUUAGCACAAAAAUUGUAGUGACAUAUGCAGCAGAAGGCAAAUAUAUGCAAAUAUGCAAUUUUUUUAUA